CACGCUUCUAAGAGUUGGACAACGAGGAGGAAGAAAUCAUAAAUAUGGCGACGAACGAAGCAGCAACAACAACAGCGGCUCCACCAAACCCCGCGAACAUAAUUACCGCCCUGACUAGUGCCUUUAAAAGCCAAAAUGGCGAGGCAGCAUCAAGCACGCGCAUAGCUCAGCUCCUCGAGCAGAAUAUGGGCCAGCUUGGCGAGCUAAUGCGGCAGGGCAAGCUUACUGCCGUACAGAUCCAGCAGCUGAAAGAUUACGCUGAAAAACACAAGUCCGCGACCAGUGCUGCUUCCGGAAGUGUGGCUGGCACUUCAACUGCGAAUAGCGGUACAAAGACCGGGGCUGCUGCAACGACUGCUACCGCUUUUAAAAGCGGGUCACCAGCACCUGUUCUUACAUCUACACCUGGUGACGGGUAUCCCAUUAGCCAAACUCUCAACAUCACCAAUCCAGGGCCCGUCCAGUGGUCAGCUGCGCAGCAAGGAAGACCAACUCUUACAGGCGGGAUGGCUGGUGGUAGACUGUCUGGUACCCCUGCUCAGAUCGCACGAUCCACGGACGAUGCUGGCAUGCUCAGCUUAGAGGACAACCAUCCACGGAGAAAGAAUACCCCAGGAGAUCAGAGCAUGAGACGGUCGAUACAAGACCUCGUCUCAAGUGUUGAUCCCAAUGUUCGGAUCGAACCUGAGGUGGAGGAUCUACUUCUUCAAAUUGCUGACGAGUUCAUUGACUCGGUCACGAACUUCGGCUGUCGAUUGGCAAAACAUCGCGGCGGUGACACGCUCGAAGUCAAAGACCUCCAGCUUCACCUUGAACGCAAUCACAAUAUCCGUAUUCCUGGAUUUGCAUCGGAUGACACGCGAAUAGCCUUAUCUCAGGCUGCUGUAGCACCUUCCGUGCCUUCAGCGGCAGCAAAAAAGACAGCCCAGGGCACAUCCAUGACUUUACGGAGUCACCGCUUGGCGCAGGUGCAACAAGCGAAGAGGGAGAGCAAGCUCGCAUAGUAGACCGCGCUGGACAUUCUUGCUUUCCUUGUUAUACCGUUUUUCUUUGCUUGUUCGACUUGUAACUUAUUUAAGUACUGUACAGACUCAUGCCAUAGUAUCUCAAGAUCUCACACUGACAGGGUGCGUGCUCCUCAGAACUUGCAAACACUACUAGAUACACUGGUACUUGCUCGAGGAGGGGUUGGGUCUGAAGAUGACGCAUGUGCUCGAAGUACUCCGAGACAGUAAAUUAUACUUGACGAGGUGGGCAUUCACCCAGUACAGUAAG